UGGUCGAAAAAAAGUGGUUACUACACGCGUUCUUUUUCCAUUCCCCCAUCUUUCCUGUGUCUGUGUGUGUGAUGUGAACUAUUUGGGCUGCGGCCCUGCUUUAUUGAUUCGCUCAUAACGGCGCAUAAAGAAUUUUCUGCAAAUUAAAUAUUUAAAAAUUUUUGUCUUGGUUUGCCGCUGUAUUUCCGCACCUCGUCUCGUUUGUGGCUUGUGCAAAAUUCUUAGAAUUCUUGACAACAUUCCCGCGCACACAAAUGUACCAAGUGAUGCACACAUAUACACAUCGACGCGACGGAAAAAAAGUUUUCUAAACACACACACAUACACACACGAAAGAGCCAACGAACUCGUGCAGCGACGCCCAAGAAUGAAACAGAGCAAAGCAACAUGAAAAAUACAACAACGAGCUUGCCAAAGAAAUUGUAAACGAAGAAGAAGCAGAGGCGAAAAAGCCACUACAGUAUUUAUUAGCGGUGUUGUUGUCAUAUACAACACAUCCUUCCUUACUCCACGUUUACGUUCCACACAAGCAGUAAUUCCAAAGAGAUCUUGACGACGCCUUCGCAGCGGACAACGAAUAUUUUUUUAAAUUAUUUAUUUUUUUUUUUGUGAUAGUCAAUAGUUUGUAAGCUUUAAAAAUAACCAAAACGUUGCAACCAAAAAAGGAGAAAUCCAAAAAGAAGAAACUGGUACCAAUUACACACCAAUGCAUUCCAAAAUGGGUGGAGGACAAAUGCUAACUGCCGCCCUGCUGUUGGCAAUCGGAUGUCUGGAAUAUCCGGUGUACCUUGAGGCCUGCUCCAGCCGCACAGUGCCCAAGCCGCGGCCCUCGAUCUCGUCUUCGUCCAUGUCUGGUACUGCUUUACCGCCCACCCAGGCGCCAGUCACCAGUACUACAAUGCGCACCACGACUACCACAAACACGCCCCGGCCUAAUAUCACAUUCCCAACGUACAAAUGCCCGGAAACCUUUGAUGCUUGGUACUGUCUGAACGAUGCUCACUGCUUUGCCGUAAAGAUUGCCGAUCUGCCGGUCUACAGCUGCGAGUGCGCCACCGGAUUUAUGGGCCAGAGGUGCGAGUAUAAGGAAAUUGACAACACCUACCUGCCCAAGCGGCCGCGUCCGAUGCUGGAGAAGGCGAGCAUCGCGAGCGGUGCUAUGUGCGCCCUUGUCUUUAUGCUGUUUGUCUGCCUCGCCUUUUAUUUGCGCUUUGAGCAGCGGGCUGCCAAGAAGGCCUACGAGCUGGAGCAGGAACAAGAACAGGAAUACGAUAUUGAUGAGGAGCACUGUGAGUGUUGUCGCAAUCAGUGUUGUCCGGCUGGCGAUGAGCCACCGCUCAUUGUGGAGCAGCGUAAGCUACCCUAUCACAUGCGGCUGGAGCAUGCUCUCGUGUCCUUUGCGAUUCGGCGCAGCAAUAAACCAUGAAGAAAUGAAAUGAAUGGGACUCCCCAGCUAUAAUAUGCCUUGCCACAAAAAUGGAAAACUAAACUGAUGCAUGCCACGAAUUUGUAUUAUGCUUUUGUCUGUAGUUUUUUUAAUUCCAAAAUGUGCAUUAGUAACUAAGUACAUCAUUCGAAAACUGACCACUUGUCUCCUGUCCAGAGAUUACCCACUUUCUUUUACCGAAAGUUGGCACAGGCAACCAAGGAAAGUGGUUAAAUCCAGCCUUUUAUUCUCGAAUCAAACUAUGUAUUUUUUGUACACCCUAUGCUAGCUAUUUAUUAUCGCUAACUGAUAUAUGCGUAUCACAUACACACAACACAACGCGAAACACGCGCCAAGUAUUAUUUAUUGCAAGAGAGAUUUACGAUAAAUUAUAUA